GGGGUUGUCAAAACUCACUUGCUCCUGUCUAAAUUGCUACACUGAGUUUUGGAAACACAAAUCAUCAGCAGCAGCAGCAAUCAUGCCGAGGCGAUCAGCGCAGGAGUGGAUCCGGUUGUCUUUACGCACACCGGGCAUCCUGAUCUUCGGGAUGGUUUUGUCUCCCUGCGGAUGGAUCCUGGAUCUGACCGCCACCGUGGCCCCAAACUGGAGGACCCUCCACGACAUCCCGAACACCCCGGAGAAUGAAUUCAUCCAGCAAGGAAUCUGGGACAUCUGCAGGGCCACCUCAACCAACACGAGAGCGGAGUGCAACCUGCAGGACACCACAUAUUUCGGCAACCAGAUCAUCGAGGUCGCGCAGGGUCUGAUGGUGGCCUCCCUCAUUGUGACUCUAAUCGGGCUCGCCGUGGCCAUCCCGGGGGUCCGCUGCUGGAAAGACAGGCCCAACUGGACAGUGGCCGGCCUGGGCGGACUGCUCAUCUUCCUCUCGGGCGUCAUGACCAUCAUCCCCAUCGCUUGGUACACGCACAUCCUCGACGAGGUCUCAACGGUGUCACCUCUCAUCAGCGUGCGCGUCGGCUACUGCAUCAUCCUGGGCUACAUCGGGGGGAUAAUGGAAAUCCUGGCAGGCUUCGUCAUGUUCAUCGGGAUCUGCCGUUGCUGCGGCGGGAAGAACAGAGGUGAGGUGCGGGUGGAGGAGGUCAACCGCGCCCGGUUCAGCCACCAGAAGCAGCCUCCGAGACGCGUGGAUGUACCCAGCCUGAACCGGGCCAGGAGCAGCGCCAGCAGCGUCCCGUACUCAAAGGACUCCAUGGAUGAUGAUGUGUCCUUCCCACGGGCCAAGACCCCCGCAGCCCGGUCAGUCAACACCUCCUACAGCGGCAGACCCUAUGAUGCUGACCUAUGAGGGGCGCAUGGCUCACAUCUGUCUCCAUGGAGACGCACAGAAAAUCACAAGGGUGAAGAACUUUAAGAUGGACAUCAUGUAGGAGGAAGCAAUGGUGAUUACUUAAUGACUUUAUAGUAAAACUGUGCCAUAAUAUUCUGGAGUGUUGCAGUAAUAACAUCAAACACACUAAUACCAUAAUUAUUUAGAGACCAUUAAGGAAUAUUGUAGGAAUAUUUCAGUGGCACCAAAAGAUCAAACACCUUAACUAUUAUGAAAUCACUGUGAUCUCACUAUUAAGUGAAGCAGUUCCUCUUUGAGUAGGCUACUACAGUGUUUCAUCAUCAGGACAGUAACACUUACAGGCAUGCAUCUUUAAUAGUGUUUAAUGAUGUGUGAGUGACAGAGCCAGGGCUGCAGUUUAAUGUGGCCGCAGAUGAGGCUCAUUAUGGCCUCAGCUGGGUUAUGAUUAAUUCUAGCAUCAUUAUGAUACAUGAGAGGUGCUGCGAGCAGUGAAGACGGGAUGAAUAUUAUAGUGUGAGGAAUGUGGAGAAUACUGUGUUAUUGUAACCGAGACAUAGUUGAAGCGAUGAAGAAAAAGUGGUGUUGAGUUAAAGUUAACUUUUCCAUCCUGCAUUUGAUGCUGAACUCCAUCUGUAAACAACUUUUGCAUUUUGUUCUGUGUACAUUGGCUUUUCUUUUUCUUUUUUUUAAUGUAAAUACUGUGUUCUCAUGCACUUUUCAAGUAUGACCAACCUUGUAAGACAACAGGGCAUCUGUUGGGAAAGAAAGCAUCCUUAAGAGAUCGAUAUUGUUCAAACUGCUCUGUGAUACAAGUGCUGUUUAAUAAAUGUGCACUGUUUCCUAAUAA